AUUUAGUCAAGAAGUGGGUGGAAUUACGCACCCACGGAUCAGUAGCUCCAUCUGUACGCUGAGCUGGAGGCUGCAACGCACUAAACCACUCCAACAGUCACCGGGCAGUUGCGCAGUUACCUCUGCCAUCGCAUUGAGCGGACUGCACGCUACUUCGCUCUCACUCGCACCGUCAUCUCAGUGACUGCUCGCAGCUACCGCAGGAAUUCAUGACUGAACUGAAAUCUGAAAUUCAGAAAAGAACAAUUCAUUGUUAACUUCAUCCCACACGUUUAAAUUAUUUUAUUCUUCUGUCUAAAAAAAGUAGUCAUCAGAGUCAGAGUAACUUUAAAUUAAAAAAUUAGAGUAAAAGGGGGCACUGGAUUUAAAUCGUACAUUUAUGUUUGUUUGAAGAUCCUCCCGCCUCAGUCGCCUUGCCAUAGAUAAUUACGAUGUUCUGUCUGCUCCUGGACGACACUACAGGUCGUAUUGCAAGAUGAUGAAGUCUUGUGAAUUUGCGGGCUAUUGGUGCAAGGCAUCAAGGACCGGUGGGACCGCUUGGUUUUAAAAGGGUUUUAUAGAUCUUCAAUGGAUUUCUUACGGCGCUCUGUAACUUCAGGAGGGAUAUGACAUCCAUGACAUCUGCAUCAUAAAGACACCCCCUGGUGAACAAACACAGCCAAAAUGGAAGCAUGCAAAUCGCUCCCCUCAACCCCCAAUCUCUCCCACCCUGAGUUCCCACUUUAUAACAGCUUCCUGGGGAACGAGUCUGGCGUACGAAAUGACACACACAAUGCCUUUGACAAGGCGAGCUCUGUGGUCAUCACCUUCGUGUAUUUUGUAGUGUGUGCUGUGGGGCUCUGCGGUAAUGCUUUAGUCAUUUAUGUGAUUUUACGUUAUGCUAAGAUGAAGACUGUAACUAAUAUCUACAUCCUGAAUUUGGCCAUCGCCGAUGUUCUGUGCAUGCUGAGUCUGCCAUUCAUCGCCAUCCAGCUAGCGCUUCUCUACUGGCCCUUCGGAGCUGUAAUCUGCCGUAUCGUCAUGACAGCAGAUACGCUUAAUCAGUUCACCAGCAUCUUCUGUCUGACCGUGAUGAGUAUUGACCGUUACUUGGCUGUGGUGCACCCCAUCAAAUCCACCAAGUGGCGUAAGCCAAGUGUGGCCAAAAUCAUCAGCCUGGCCAUGUGGGGUGUCUCUCUGCUGAUCAACGUUCCAGUCAUGAUCUACAGUGGCAUGAUUCUUGGGAAUGAACAACCGACAUGCACCAUGGUGUGGCCAGAGCCCCAGGAGGUCUUCUACAAAGCCUUCAUCUUCUGCACCUUCUUAUUGGGCUUCUUCCUACCGCUGACGGUCAUUUGCCUCUGUUACCUGCUCAUCAUCAUCAAGGUGAAAUCAUCUGUUAUGAGGGUGUGCUCCACAAAGCGCAAGCGCUCAGAGAGGAAAGUGACACGUAUGGUGUCCAUUGUUGUGGUGGUAUUUGUUCUCUGCUGGUUGCCCUUCUACGUGUUUAAUGUCACCUCUGUGACGGGUACGGUCAGCACCACGCCAGUCCUUAAGAGCAUAUUCGACUUUGUGGUGGUGCUGGGUUAUGCCAACAGCUGUGCCAAUCCCAUCCUGUACGCCUUCCUUUCAGAUAACUUCAAGAAGAGCUUCCAGAAUGUUCUAUGUCUGAAGAAGGUGAGCGGUCUAGAUGAAAUUGAACGCAGCGACAGUCGUCAAGACAGGACGCGUAUGGUGAAUGAUGUUAUCACAGAGAUGCACAACACAGCGUUGCUUAAUGGUGACUUGCAGACCAGCAUUUGAAUGGUAAAAGUUCGUAGGUCAAAAUCAGAGAAUGAGCAUGGAAAGAGCAUUUUACAGAAAAUUGUUUGUAUUAAUUUCACAUGGCAUUCAACUUCAGUUAGGACAUGGUUUCUCACAGAGUGAGAGUGACACGCAUGAAGAAGAAUUGAGUGUGUCACUCAUGCAGAAGCCAGGUUACAGCUUUUAACUCAUACAUUCAAGAUUUUUCAUUUAAUUUUCAUACAUAUUAGUCAAACUUUUAAAAUACAUCCAGACUGAUUUGAUAUGUCUUUAGUGCUUUUAAAAAAAAUCCAACACAAAUCUUAUUUAUGGACAAGCAGAAAGACAUGACUUUUUAUGAUUAGGAUCAUUUCCUCACACUUUUUUAAACUGAUUUAUUGAUCCGACUGCCUAUAUUGGUUUGACUGCAUGUCUUUCACGAUGCUGUGUUCCUUGACUUCAUGGCAUUUAAACAAUGUGGUGUCUGUGACCCACAGAAAAUAUGUUUUAUUCACUGUAAAUAAUUGCAUUUGUGUGAUUUGUGAAUAUUUUAUUACAAAAGCAGUUGCUUUUCAUCCAUUUAAAUACGGAGACUGCCAGUAGAGCAGUGAGACCCAUAGAUGUAAGUUUUGCCCGAAGGUCAUUGCCCUAAUAAUGUAAAUGCUAAAUGUUUUGUCCUUUAAAACCCUACACUGUGGCCCAGGCUAGAGGGCCAGUGAGAUUAUCCAGUGUGACUAUCCACUGCUUCACAAAGACUUGUCCAUAAGAACUUUGUAUGUGACUUAAACAUGUAUCCAUACAAUGUAAUGAAAAGAAAUUAUUCUCAAUCAUAUCAUGACACUCUAGUUCACCAUGCAAGCCUUAGGGAAGAGGGCAAGCUACUUAAAAUCAAAAGACCAUUCUGUUAGUAGGACAGUGAGAGAGUUUCACAAAAGUUAUCAUAACUGUUUUGGUUUGGGCUUGUAUGUGCAAUUUCACCAUGUACUAUGGACCUCUAUAUGCAGCUCUCGCUAUGGAAAAUUUGAAAAACUGUUUUAGAGAAGGAGAAAGAGACAGAGAGAAAGUCAGAGGCUUGGUUGUCCAGUUGAGCAUGUCUCAGUGCAGCGAUCAGUUGAAAUGUUUGUUUCUUUGUUUUCAUCUCCAAUCCCAGCCUGAAGCUGUUACCCUCAGGACACCAUUUUGAUAGUUUUUAGGGCAGUAGCCACAGAUGAGAGAGAGAGAGAGAGAGAGAGAGAGAGACUAAGGUGGUUGAGAAUGCAGUGGUAAUGGUUUCAUCAGACUUGCUUUACUGGUUUUUAAUAAUUCAAAUCAUUGCCACAGUACACUUCACGGUAUGUCAGCCACAUUCAAAGAACUUGGAUGAGACUAGCUAGAUAAGCAAAACAGCAGAGGCAGUGGUCAAAAGUUUUUCUUCCACAUCCACUAAAUGCAGGAAAUACAUUCACAGACUCACCUUGUUUGUCAUUCCCAUGUGAUUACUGUUUGCACUGAUACAGUGCUGAGCAGAUCUCAUGAGAGAAUUGGCCCUGACAUUGUUGUGAUUUACAGCCAGUUGUCACCCAAGAAUAUAUUGUGAAGACAUAAAUCAAUUCAAUUUAGAGUCAGACACAUCUUGUUGUAAAACCAGAGAUCAUUUCAGAAAAGAGGGCAGAUGAUAGAUGACUUUAGGCUUCACAAGUGGACUAGUUCAUCAAUAUGAGUAUAGUGUUAAAAGUGCCUUAAAGAAGGAUUCAUAAACAAUAUUUUAGGUGACAGUUCAUUGCUCUCAAAUAUCUGAUGUGUGUGUGUGCCCGUGCGAGUGUGUGUGUGUGUGUGUAUCUACACUGAUUUCUUUGUGAAUGAACGCACAGCUUUAAUACAUAAUCCAUGGUCAUUAUAUACAUUUCGAGAAUGUUGUCGGUGAUUCUCAUUAAAAGCAAAUUUUUUUCUACUUCAAGAGCAAUCUGUAGCAGGCUGUCGCCAGAAUAAACAUGUUGUAAUUAAUUAAAAAAAAAAAAUUGCCUUCUCAAUGAAGAUUUUGAGAAGUUUUAGACGUUUGUGAAUUGUGAAGGGCUAGAACAUACACCAGUUGGUGACAAUGUUCAAACUUCAUUUUUUGUGUAUAUCUCUUUGUCUUCAUAUUUUAAUGCCUCAGUACCAGACUACACAUUAAAUUAGCAUAGCUAAGAGCAGUGGACAUUAGGGCACACGAGAGCUGAAUUAAUUAGUGAUUCAUAUGUAAGGGUGGCAUAAUACCCAGGCUACAUACAUUAACCUUUGCAGUAAGUAAAAGAUCAGACAUGAUGACAGGAAAUAUAUCCCUGCACAUAUAUCUCUGACCAAGUUCAAGAUUUUGUUUCAUCUCUCUGAACUUGUGUGAAGCAACAAAUACAUAGCCAUUCAUCCCUGUUUUAUGCUGUCCAAUGUGCCUUCACCACUGCAGAGAUAUAACUGAUGUUGAUGUCAUAUGAGGUGUAAGAUGUUUAGAUGAACAUCAUUCUUUACGCUAGCUGUACAUUUCUAAUUGUUUUAGAGUUAUUUGAAUCAUUAAUCUCUUGGAUCUAUGUUUUAAUGUUGUUACAGCAAGUAUAUUUUGUAUUUAUUGAAACCAUGGAUAAUGGUUGUAAUUAAGAACAAUUUGGAUGCUUAUUUACAUGACUGUAUUGCAAUUAUGGUUCGUAGCUACUAAUUGUUGUUCACCUGCUAAUUAUGGACCUGUUGGUAUUUAUGUGUGUGCACGCACGUGUGCUUUCUCAGUCAUUUACCAGGACACGGUGUUCCUAAAUGGAGGUUUAUGUCAGAAUAGUUCAAGACAUCACUCAGUGUCACUCAUUUUAGUGGUUGCUAAGUUGCAGUAAGUGCAGCACAGACUGUGCAGUGUGUGUACUCAGCCAUCUAUUUAUUCAAUAUGUCUAAUUUAUCUGCAGCCACUCAUGCGAAAUAAUCAAGUUGUUAUUAACUGAUUCAUCAAAAUCAAAAAGUGAGGUCCACUCAUCGUCAAACAGAGAUGAUGCUUUUAUUAUAUUCAGUUUACAAACGUAAUGGACCUAGCCUCAAUGUAUUCUGUGUAAUUUGCAUGACAAGAAAAAAUAAUCUUGAAAAAAUAGGACUUUAAUUCUCAUGAUACCUUGUGCUUUGAUUUAUUAUGUGAGUGAAGAGAAAGUGCACAUCGACAAACAUGGUGUGGAAAUUCAGAUUUGACAUUGGUUUCGGUUCAAAUAUGAGAGAUAUUUGUAACGAUAUCUCUGAAUCCAGUAAUGUGGGAACAUGAAACAGUGUGUAGUUGUGUAGGAAUGUGUUAAACAUGUAUAAAAAGGUUGUCCAUGAAAGCCUGAGGCAGAGGAAUAGACAUCAACAGCACCCCUGCAGGCUCCAAUAAGAUCACAUGAAUGAAUAUCAUGCAUGAUCAAGGACAAUCUGAUGCUCUGUGACAUUUAAGAUCACUUGCCGACUCACAUUGUGAAUGUUCUGCCUCAUUUAAAGUCAAGGCAGCCGACAUAUAUAACAGUUUAACUCUGAAUGACAUGGGUGACCAUCACUGACCUUCAGACAUGCUGAAAUCUUGUGGCUUUUCCAUAUGGAAAAAUAUCUGGAGUGUUGUAUUAACCUUUUCCAACAUACAAUGCUGUAAAAAUACAUUUUUGAGUGAUUAGAGACAUUUGACACUGACCCUAAUAUUAUGAAAAAAGUGAUCUAAAGCCAAAAGUUUUAACUGCACAGAAAAUUAUAACCUUACACAAAGCCUGGAGUUAAAAGUGCUGCUUUCAUUAAGAGCAAUUUGUCUUUAACGGCAAGGGACUGCACUUUGACAGUUGCAGUUAGUUAGCUGAGCUGACCAAGCAGAAAAGGGGGGAAUUUAAUGUGUAAACCAAGAGGUCUUGAUUAUGUUUUUAUGCCUCAUAGGCUGUUUGGAAGCAAGAUGACCUUUGACAAGAAUUCUUAUUUUUGUUUUAACCUUAGAUGACCUCUUCAAUUUGUCUGGAGGCCUCUGGCUUCAUCCAAUGUCCUUUAUACAUUUUGUGGAGAGAAAAAAUGACAGAGAAAUGUUUUAAAAUAUCUUUUACAUGCACAUGUGACAGAUGAAGGGACAGAUAUAUCUUAUAAAACGUGAAGACAUUACGCUUGGGCCAGAGACAUAUUGAAUAUAAUUGCCAUGUACUGUCAUCAGGCCCACAUAUACAGAGAUCUGUUUCAUUAUCUGAUUUGAGGCAACAGUAAAAUAUUAGUCAAAAUAAGGACAAAUGAUUCAAAAUUAAAUGUAAACUGGGUGUAAAGAAAUGGCUCCCCCUGUUGUCUAGUUUGGAAUAGCUUCAUGUCAAUUGCCUUUGAAUAUAUUGGAUGAUAUAGAACUUGCCUUAAUAUGGACAUCAUGCGUCACAAUACAAAUAAUAAAGACUUAUCUUUAGGGGUCUGAUCAAUUAAUGAUUUGCAGGUUUUUGAAAGUUUGUCAUUUACCUAACCAAUAAACCAGAUAAAGCUGAGUUGUACCAUGAAUAAAAAAGGUAAUGCAUUGACCCAGUAGUUCUGGCUUUGUCCUCUAUUAUGAACCAAGGAGAUUCCAUGAAACUUCUGACUGUAAAACCGACGCUGUGUAUGCAAAGUGACGUCUCGAUAAAAUCAUCCUGGUAAAAAGCCCAACUGCGUGCUGUCUCUCUGUGCAUACUCAUCUCUAAACUGUCUAUGUAAAUACUGGAUUAUUGUCAUAAUCAUUUACGGAAUGAACUCUACACCUUGUCAUACUGUCUACAUUAAAAAACAGAAAGUUG